GCAUAGUAGCAAGGCCCAAAUUAAGGGGCGGAGGGACGGGAAAGGUUGAAAGGCGAGAGGGCCCGAGGGCUAAGGGCGGCGGCGGGCGGCGAUGGGGGAGGAUCUGUGCAUUUUGUUCAAGUGUUUUUGCUGCUGGAGAAAAGAGGAUGCGGGGUUUCGGCGCAUCGCCCCUGGGACGGACUACCUCGCCAUCCCCGCCGGCGCGGACGACCGGCCCCGGUGGUCCGUGGUCGUCGGGCUCACUGCCGUCGACGUGCCGCGCCACAAUCUGCGCCUGCACAGGUUCCGCGUGGCCGCGUCCGGCCGCAUCCUAAGCGGCAGCGACGACGUCCUCGAGACCUUCCGCCACGUCGCGCCGGACGAUGUUGCUGCCGAGGCCUUCAGCACCGCCUCCGCCUAUCUGAGCAACGACGGCGGCCACCAGAUGCACCUCAUCUGCCGAGCCGUCCCCCUCAACGCCGACGGCCGCUGGACCUGCAACAAGACAAACUUGAACAAGUGUUACAGAUCGUUCUCCAUGGAUCUGGGCGGCGGCGGCGGCGGCGGCGCGGUGACCCCGCUCGGCGAUCUCCCCACCGUGCUGGUGCCCGGGGGCCACUUCGCCAUCCAAGCCGGCGGCGAGAACUGGGUGCUCUCCGUCGAGCGGCCGUAUCCCUGGCUCGACGAGAGGAGCACAACCCGCCUCCUGAUGCGGCGGCAGGAAGGGCAGCGAUGGGUCCUCGCCGGUGAGCCCCACGAGUUCCUGCACACCGGCUUCGAGCGCAGCGAGAGCCUCUAUGGCAGCAUAUUCCAAGGCCGUGCCGUCAUCGGCAACGACAAGAUCCUCGUCUCCUUGGCGGACGCAGCCUUCUUCGUCUUCGACUGCACCCAUUGCGUCUGGACGCCACUCUCCCUCACGCAUAAGAAGCUCAAUUACAUUCCCCUGUCUAACAGGUCAGUAUACGUGGAGGAUCACAACGCAGUAUACUUCCUUCGUUUCGAUACUCUCUUCGCAUACAAAUUCUCGCCGGGGAAGAACACCAUCGAGCCUCCAAUCAGGUUAGAUGUUAUGUGUCCCUUCGGCACCAAUGGGUAUGGCUCUCUUGUGCACUUGGCUGGCCAGGUGAUGUGUGUUGUCUGGAUCAGCACGCGCUCCAUAUGCACCUGCACCACACAGCACGUGAUGAUCACAACACUUAUCAUCAAUGGUGACUGCAUUAAUGGUGGCUUCGUUCCAAAAGAUGUGGGAGUCUUGCAUUCUACCUGCCGCAGUCUAGUUGUUGGCGAUGGCCGUGAGACAACAUCCCGCUGCAAUAUUUUUUGUUUCUCACUGUCGUAUGUGGAGGAUGUUGAUCGAGUGGAACCAUUCUCAAUACCUCCGGUACUAGGAGAGGCUACAUAUUCAGAGAUUGAAGACUCACCCAACAUGCUGGAGUGCUGCAGGAUGUUCUUGGAAGAUCAAUGGAACGAAGAUGAUGUUGUACUUGAGAAAUGUACAACGAAAACCAAGAUGAAUCUAUUCUUCAUAUCUCAGUCCGGUUGUCAAUCGCUAACAUAUCAAAUCAGUAUUUCAAAUGGGAAGUUGGUAUGCCGUGAUAAAAUGCUGGAGCCAACAUGCUGUGCAGAAACAUUUGUAUCUGAGGAUGCUCUAUAUGGUUCUUCUUCUUCUCCUACAUGGCGCUAUAUAUAUAUGGGAAGAAAGCGACUAUAUUGCAUUCCAUCAUUACCAGAGAGUCAGAUGCAAGUGAUUUAUCUGCGGGGGAAGUUUAAUCGUCCCUUUAAGACAGAUCGGCCUAAGGUGUGUUUUUCAGCAGUUUUUCCAGUUGGCAAUCAGUUGGUUGGUUUAACUGAUACCCUGCAGUCUGUGUAUUUACUAAAACGCGGCAGUUCAGUAUGGACUCAUUGCAAGACAACUUCAAGAGAUGCAGAUCUGACUGAGAAAAUUAAUAUAUCUGGGUUUGUUGUGCUUAAGAGAUGUUUUAUGGUAUCAGAUGCUGGGAGUUUUGACUGCUUCUUGCUUGACUUGGAUAGUUUGGAAUGGACUAUUGUGAAGUCAUUCCAAUCGUAUCGUCGUGGCACGUUAUUGGGAAGGUCUAUAUACAUUGGUGGCUUCAUAUACACGCUAUUUACAGGAGGUAUUCUUGCUUUUGAAUUGAUCAAGAAUAAUGGUUCAUACUACCUUGAUGUUCCUGUUUUCUUGAGGACAUGGAGUAAGCUUAUCAGGGACAAGAACACGAUUUGCUUUACUUCAGUUAGCGAGGGCAAGAGUUCUAGCGGCAUUGUGUUCUGCCUUGCUCAUGGAUACCCCUGCUAUGGCCUGCCUAAGAUUAAGAAUCUGCAUAAUGUGAAGAUCACCAUGAUGCAAGUCACGACUCGUGAAACAGUGAGAGGAACUAGAGAACCUGUGAAGCCGCCUCGGUAUGUGGAUGUGUGCACUAACUCUUUUGUGCUACGAGGAUGGAUGCUUGCUAUGUUUUUGCUGUAUGAACAGUUUGGAUGUGAUCAUUGUUGAUCAGGGAUGGAUGCAUACACACUCAGAAUGUUUCUGCUACAUGAGCCGUUGAGUCUGUUGGUGUUUGAAGGAAGUAGUAGCACUCCUAGUUGUUGGGGGCUUAACUCUUGGUGCAUUUUUCUAUGAACAAUAUGUUAUAUCUGGAGGAUGGUAGGGGAUCUUUACGGUUUUAGGCCAUUCUGUAUGGAAAUUAAUUAUUUUAAAAGGUGUUGUGAUAAGCUGGUGUUUAGGCUGCCCCUCUUAAUUAUUUCUGCUGUAUGAAAAUCCAUAUAUAUAUACUGCUAGGGAGUAUGUACUCCUGCUCUCAUCCACCGUCAAUCAAAACGAGCACCAAUCGAUCCA